CAAGCAACAUAAGAGCCGGCUUUGAACACCCAAAAGCUGGAGCAAGAUAAAUUGACUUUGACAAGAAGUCAGGCAGAGAAAGAAAUGGAGGCAGUGGUAACAACACAGCUGCCAGUGAUAAAAGUUGCGGCUCUUUGUGGGUCUCUUCGAAAAGCUUCCUACAACCGUGGCCUUAUUUGCUCUGCUAUGCAGCUGGUGACGAACUCCGUGAACGGCAUGGAGAUGGAGUAUAUUGACAUAGCGCCGUUACCUAUGCUUAAUACUGAUCUUGAAGUUAACGGAACUUAUCCGCCGGCUGUUGAAGCGUUUCGUCAAAAGAUUCUUCGAGCUGAUUGUUAUCUCUUUGCUUCUCCCGAGUAUAAUUACUCUGUUACUGGUCCUCUGAAGAAUGCAAUUGACUGGGCAUCCAGACCACCAAACGUCUGGGCUGAUAAAGCUGCUGCUAUUGUAAGUGCUGGUGGAAGCUUUGGAGGGGGACGAGCACAAUAUCACCUUCGCCAAAUUGGAGUUUAUCUUGAUCUUCAUUUCAUUAAUAAACCUGAAUUCUUCUUGAAUGCAUUCCAGCCUCCUGCAAAAUUUGACAGCGAUGGCAACUUGAUUGACGAACAAUCCAAGGAACACUUAAAAGCAGUCCUUCUUGCCUUAAAGGCCUUUACCUUGCGCCUCCAAGGUAAAUGCUAAACUAUGACGCAUAGGGGGAUGCCAUUGCAGCAUCAAAACAAAACCUUCAUUUCUGUGUGAUGUUGGAAUUUCUUAUAAACAUUUGUAUUUUGUACUACUUGCUGUACACUAUUUCUACUGUUUCUCAGUCAUGUUUGACUGGAUAAUUUUAUUUUUCUUGAUGC